UGCAGAUGUGGGUCUGUGUUCAGGUUUCUUGAAUAAUUAGCACAAAUAUGGCCAAUGUCCCUUACAGCAGGGGAAUUUAUAGGCAGGGCCUAUAGGGAUUUGCAAACCAAGUGACAAUGACAUCAGAUUGAAAAAUGAAAACGAUUUGCUGGGCACAAUUGAACUACAGAAAUAUUUAUAUUUUCUUUAAAUUUGGACCCAUCUUUUUCUUUUUGACUCUUAGUCCAUCUGAGAAACUAACAUCUCAGGGCAAAGGGCUGAGGAAACUUACUGCACAGACUUGCUGGCUGAACUUCACGUUGUGGUCCACAGUCUCUGCCACUAGUCGCACCAGCCUCCAGCCCCAAACCCUCUCUGGCACUGCUCAAAAUAGGCCAGUCGUGAUGGGGAGAAAAUAUAUGGAAAAGUCCACAGGAAAGAAGAAGCCCCAAGAUCUAGUGCUACGCAGCCAUUCCAGAUGUUUUCAGGAGAAUGGUCCUCCCAGCACAGGAAUAUUGGAAUACUGUGGCAGAAAUAUUGUGGCAGACACCACUCUUGGCCUAGGAUCACAUCUCUUUGUGCACAAGCCCCCACCCAAAGACACUCAGUAGCAGAAUUACUCCAUCUUUGACCUGGCCUCAGCCCUCUGACCUCCCUCUG